AGGAAUUGUAGUGACGAGCGCAAAGGCAAAGGGUUACCAAUUCAUAUCGUAACUAUUCUGUUGUCCUUUACCUCUACAUAUUACAAAUUCGACAUGUAGCAACAGGCAACCGUGGUUCAUCAAAAACAGAGAGAGACCAUACCAGGACGAACGCAAUGUCCGACCGAGACGAGGAGAGCAAGCGAAAGGAAAUGGUUGUGUAUCGUGACGAGUGACAAAGACAAACAAGAGAACUACCCUUCAAAAUCAUUCCCCCGCCACGAUGGUCGAGCUCCACGUCCUGGACCUCGCCGGCACGCCCCUCCGCCUGUCCGGCGACUUCCGGACCGGCGCGGAGGUGCGACAGGCGGUCGCCGAGGCGAAGCGCAUCCCGGUGUCGCUGUGCUUGCUUUACUGGGACCCUUUUCCCAGUUCGUCCCCCGCCAGAGACGGGUGCAGCGCGCUGGGGGGAUCCACGAGCUCCUCUGGCUCGGAAUCGGAGUUCAUGCUGGAGAGGUACGAUCCGAAUAAAGCUGCUGCAGCUGGGCAACAGAUUUCGUACGGCAACGGCGGCGGAGGUCCUCCAGGAGGGUGCGUGAACAGCAGCGCUGGAGGGCCAGGCACGACGACGAACUCUACAAGCGGCGAUAAAGUGCAGAACAAUCCUGUCGUGGCAGGAGGACCAACGUCAGGAACAACCACUACAGGUCCUCUUCUUGAGGACACUCUCCGUGGAGGCAGUGUCGACGAGAUGCUUACGCCCACUGCAUCAACGACGACUCAAAAUCAGCCCCAUGGUGUGCUCACCGGAAACUCGCUCGCAACCUCCAGUUCCUCUACCACCUCGAUGUCCGAGCAGCAACGGUUACGAGCUGGCAGCCACCACACGACCGCGACAACGCACAGUCACAAGAGCGACCCGGGGGGCGUUGCGAGCGUCGUGUUUCUGCUUGACAGCGACAUCGUGUCGCUACCGUCAACCUCGGCCGCCGCGUCCGGGAACAACGGGAAUGGGACACUUUUGGAGAGCGAAAACGAGAAGGCCUCUGCGUCGCCACCAACACUGCGGCUCAUUGUCACCACCGCGGACUUUUCCGAGUAUGUAAUGCUUGUAUGUUCCACCUUGUAGUUUGGUUUGUGCUGAUGUCAGAGUUGUGUCAGUGUCAAACGUAUAUAUCAACACAACUGAACUUCUCCGCGUCUCACGUGUCGAGGCCUUGCUCAUACGCAUGAUAGCCAAAUCGUUCUGGAGGAUGCUCCGUUGUAUGUAGUUCUUGCCAAAAAUCACAUCAAAAUGAACACCCAGUUUCCCUCGGCAACCCCAGGAGCCUGAAUGGCGUGCGUUAUCCGAGAGUGGGAUUGCCCGGUGUCGGGACUACGUUUUCCAGGAGGAGUACCGGAAGGUAUCGGACCUAACGCUGCCCCAGCUGCUGCGAUACUUAGCGAAUCGGACCGGUUUCGACAAUUUGCUGGAAGCCUACGUGGAAGAUGAGCAGCGAACCCCGACAAGCGCUUGGCUGGACGUGCAGGUACAACUAUUUUCGGCAUGUCUUUGUCGUUCAGCAGCAGAUGAACUACGCAUUUCAGAAAAUCAUGUGAGUUAACCGCAGCAGGAACAAAAAACGGCAACAGUAUGCAUAAGUACUUGUACUAGUAGUUGCACCUCUUGCAACAUCACACUCAAGGGCCUUCUGUACAGCAGCCCCCCGGGCGGCGGCGGGUCCUCCCCAGAUUUGCUGAAGCUGGCCGAAAAAGCGGAGCGGGCCUCGUCGAAGAGCAGCAGCCCACCCGACCAGCCUGAUCCUGCGGCAGACACAAGAACCCAGAAUCAACAAGGCCAACCUACUAGCGCGAUGAAGAACGCGAACACAUACAGCCCGAAGAACCCGCCGGCCAUCCCAAAACAGCAGCGGAAGUGGCCCGCGCUGUUUUUUCUCUUGAGGAAGGCGGAAUUUUCCCCGCGGAUCCGCACGAAACUCCUCCACCGGUCGGAUUGCCAGCUGCUGCUGAACUUCGUGCACCCGGAAACGUGUGAAACCUGCUUGAUCCUCGGCGGCUUGUUCUCCGGGAAGCAGUUCCUCCUCGACAUGCUCGCGAAAAUUCAGGUGACGACUUCCUGCGUGAACGCGGUGUCGAACCUCUGCUCCGAAUCGGAAAAGACCUGCGCGACCUGCUUGGCGAACUUUUUCCAAGUGGGGUGUUUUGAGGGCUUCGAGGAGAUUCUGAAAAGGGACGACUUGGAGCUGGAGAUGCUGGCCAUCACCUACAACUACCUAAAGGAAAUCGGCCGCAAGUACGCGGAAACGCAGCGUAACACGGGACGGAAACCGUCGAAGAAAUUGGACGCUUUAGGGGUGUACCUGCGAAAAGUGAAAGAGCGGCUAGGAGGAAUGGACUACGUGUUCAGCGAUUGACGAAAAACAAAACCACCGUUUUUAGAGGUCCUCCGUUCUGCCAAUGCAGAAGCUAGUACACCGCGAAUGAGCUUAAGUCGAUGCUAUUGGGCAUGGCCUUCAGUUUCAUGCGGUCUUGUGCAGGAUAGCGAAUGACGAGAAUGACCCAUCAUUAACAUUACUCUACGCAACAAAAAUCUUCCGCGGCUUUGGCUUCCUCUUCUUGCUUUAUGAUUGCUUCGACAGUAGAAGACAACAUUUUCAACACGACUGCAAAGUCUUGCACUUGUUUUUACACAGAUGAAUCGAAAUGCACAUGUACCUGUAGGAAACUGUAACUGAUAACUCUCCUUGUGCUAGUUAUACCCAUGGCUAUAACCUCUAUCAUACACCUCAGUUCUAGAGGACCUCCACACACAAAUAAAAUGCAACUCGCUGAAGCACGCUCCCAAAAGAAUAUCGAUGACGUUUUCGCGGAGUAGCUACAGGAGUUGUUCGUACCUACUAGAAUUUUUUAGGACUGCUGGACGUAUUACCAAUGUAACAAAGAAAGCACUUGACUGCUCCUGUUACUGUCUUGGUCUCCGAACUGUACGACCAACAUCUUUUAGUGUCAGCCUUAGACCACCGACCUUGCCCGCUCUGUCUUCUUACUUUCCCUUUAGGACUUUUUGACCAUGGGCACCUUCGCUCUGAAUUAGAGUUGAUAAGGCCCCACUGCUGUAUUGAAGGCGACAUGUCGCUACUGGUACUGGUGUAACCUUUGUCAACAUCUUCGCCGGUUGUGUCGUAUUACUACCUAGUGAUCAUGAUGAAGAACUUGAUCUUAUGUGUAAUGCUAAUAAUGCCCUCUUUACAUGUUGCAUGGCUUUCCCCGCCAUCCUUGCGAUUGACCAUCAUCUACCCUGGCGUGACACGGUCCGCACCUCGCAGUCAACGACUAUGAUCUUCCCACCACCUGUGGUCGGAAUACUUUUUUACGAAAUCCUUGCCAUUUCUCACCUGAUGGUCUGAUGAUGAGUAUGUGUACUCCACAACUACUUCUACUUCAACUUUACUUUCUCGCGAUCGCGUUCGGAUUUCAAUUUUUCGUUUUUGAAGCAAACUGCAGACAGUCAAAGUCUAAAAUAAACCGAGGACAAACCACCCAGUGCUACGACGGCGUCGUGCUAGAUGAAAGACCAAGCGUACAAACGGAUUUAAUUCGUGGCUUUGCUUUCGUCUGUGUCUGUCAAACAAAAAGUAGUCGCCGUCACUUUGCAUAGUAAAAGCAAGGCAGGUGCUGGUGCACAUUGAUUUUGAAGGGC